ACGGAAGGAAGCACCUCUUUCACUUUGACGACGCUCAUGCUAAUGCUGAGGUCUCACCACGCUUCAGACGGCGAUGCUAUGCGCUUUGAAGCCAUGUGCUUUGUACACGUCGCAUAAUGCUGCGCUUUUCACCCGGAGAUAUAUCCAUGUUUCUACCACACUCCUUGACGCCGUCCACAAUGGCUCGCAGCUACCUAUACGCUUCAUCGCCCGUUCUCCGCCGAAGACGAACAUCAAUGAGCCGACUUCCGGGUGUGGACCCGUGAUACGUCACGUCAAGAGGCAGAAGAGGGUUCUCAUUAGAAGAAUUGCUCCUGCGAACCCGGCCCUGCAGAGCGCAAUGCCGCCCACGGUCCCUUUCUCGACAAAGUCUACUGAACCGAAUGGUAGAUAUAGACCCGUGAUACGUCGCGUCAAGAAGAAGGUGACGGUUCCCAUCAGAAGAAUUGCUUCUGCGAUCCCGGCACUGCAGAGCGCAAUGCCGCCCACGAUCCCUUCUUCGACAAAGUCUACUGAACCGAAUGGCGGACAUGGACGUCACAUUAAGAAGAAGAAGGAAAAGGGUAUUUCUAUCAGAAGGAUACCUCUUGAAGUUCCGCUCGUGCAGAAGUCGACGUUGCCAUUUUCCGGAAUUCACAAGUACCCAGCAUCCGGCGAAACACGAUACGUCAAAGUCGAUGAUUCUGUGAGCUUGUCUCACCCCGUGGAGCAUUGUGGGACUUACGGCAUGGUGACAACUCAGAACGCAACGGCCACAACGCUAAAAGAUCUACUCAGACAAGUUCCAGCUAUACCAUCGAACUCCUUCGUGGGCUCGCCCACAAUCCUACUCUUAUUGACGCCGUGUUAUGCACAAGCCCUGAAUCAAGGUCUUGUGGAGGAAUUGCAGAUACUUCGGGAACGAUUGUUUCGAAACCACUCGAUGUUGAACAGUACCGAUGUUGUUAAGACUCUAGUGGCUGUAGUGGAUCGUCUUGCGGAACCACGAGACUACGAAAUGGGCCCACCAUCACGCGCCCCUCCGAUUUUAGAAGACGGACUCGAUGGUAUAUCUUAUGCCGUCAUGGAUUCGCGACACAUUUCCUCCAGCACAAGUCUAUCACAGCUGGACCGUUUCGAUACCGAUGUUCCUGAAGACUUAGCAACCACGCCAACGUUGUCUUUCCAUAUGAAUGAAUCCUUAAGGAGAAGAAGCCCUCGCAAGAAUAUCCAAGUCCACGUUCCCCUCGCCAAUACUCUUUUCCAGAAUGGCUACGAAUACACAAUGUCUUUAUACACUAUCAAGAAACCAGAGAGUUCGGCGCCAGUCGAAGUCGUAUCCAUCAAGCAUGAAUUAAAACGUGCUUCAAUUCUUUGGCCGUUCGAUAUUUCUGGAAGAGGUCGGAACUCGUCAACGUCGCUGGCAUGUCCUUUACUACCUCUGACCGGGUCUCUCAAGAUCUUGGAUGUAAUGGGUAACAUCAUCAGUCGACUUGAGAACAAGCACAAUUCGGUUAUCCCGGCCUCGCUUCACGUAGAGCAAGGCGUGCACAAGUUUUUCGACGUGACGCGAACAGAUCCUUGUUCAGUCUCAAUCUGGGCAUUGCUCUAUCCAUAUCCAGCCGAUUUUGCCUUACGCGUAGUCUCUACCUAUAAUCGAUAUCUGAAUGGGCGUAGUCGAAGAGCGAUCACACAAAUCGCACUCACCCAGGAAGAGAGCUUCGUGGAUUUCUGGCGACACACUGCUUGGAACGACCACAUCAUGCGCGCACUCAACCGUGGUGCAUCAUUACAUCGAGUCAUGAGCGGAGGAGGUGGUUGGGGCAACAAGGCUGGGCUACUGUCUCUCGAUCCCUACAAAAUCCAGAGGCUGCCGAUGGAUGAAAAACCCCUUGGAAUGCUCGACUCUGAUAGAGAUUGUCAGGAUUCGAAGCAGAGUAAAUUCUCAUUCGAAGAUCUUGCAGGCGAAGAUGAAAACGCCUCAGCAACAUUCAGGCCUGGUGACUACCUGCAAUUCUUCAUUAUGCCUCCUAUAUCACAGCAGGAGGUGGCCAGAAGGGCAUUGACAGGAGACAGUACCCCGUCAUCGCAAGCUGUGCCAACAACGAAAUGGUCAUUGGACUUUGGCACGGUCCCCAGCACGGUGGACGAAGUGCCACAGUAUUCUGAAAGUAAGGAUGUUGCACUUACACAGGUGACAGUUCAUCCUGAUCGCUUCUCUGCGUUGUCAGAAAAGGCAAUCCAUGUCCAGAGCUCUGAAGAGAGAGUAAUGCAACCCACAGUAACAUAUUCAAAGCUCGACGUUCCCUAUACGCGUUGGAACGCAGCCGAUGAUUUCCUUCAUGUACGUCUACAACCCAUUGGUUAUUUGAAGAGGAAAAAUCGUCUUAGGAUCCGAAGAAUUCCGGCCCAUAAGCCUCAGAACUUGUUUCUCCAUUACAGGAUAGGAAAGAACCGUACUCACAGCCUCCGUCGACGGCGACUCCCGAGGCAUCCCGUGCUCUCGCGAAAUAGACGAAUUCGCCAGCUGUUUCGCAAGUAUCUUACGACCACCAAGCCCAAAGUGAAUAGACAUACAGUUUCGUUCAGUCGACCGAGAAGAGUUCUAAUGAAUCAGCACCAAUAUGUGCGCCGCGGUGGUGCCAAAAGCGGAAUCACCGAUCCCAGUUUCGAUGAGCUAGAGAAUAUUACUGCAUUGGAAGCAGCUAAGGAACAAGAAAAGGAAGAUCUUCGUCGUAUACGGUUGCUUAAGAAAGCCAAGUUCAAGCCGUCGGUGAUUCGCAGAACUCUCACAGAUUCGGCGAAGCGCGCUGGCCUGUCACCAGAGCACGAUGAUCUCAUUCGACAGGCUAAUUUCGAAACGUUUGAGCCUGGUAUGAGACAUAGACGGCGACGUAUGCUACACGGAGAUGAUUGGGCCACAGAGGAGAACGCCCGCGUGUAUUCGUCUGAGAAGCGACGUAGGGAGAGACUGGCGGAGCUUUUAAGAGAACGAAUGGCAGGCAAUCGUCCAGCGGAGCAGCAGAUGAAGCGAUAUUCGGAUGAAGACGCUGCUGCGGUCGUGGAUCAGAUAGAUAUGCUGCUGAGGGGAUUAUGAAAGUGGUCGUAAAUACCCACUUGGUCCUGUCUGUCUGUAUAAAUGUAGUAUUUUGUACAUAUUGCUUUUUACUUAUAACUAUUCGCCAUGCUGAGGAACAUUACGGCGCCCGAAAGCAGGU